CUAAAGAGUAAUUAAGGUUAUCAAAUAAAUGUAGUGGAGUAAGAAGUACAGUAUUUCCCUCUGACAUGUAGUAAGUAAUAUAGCAGAAAAUAAAAAUGCUAAUAUAAGUAAAGUGCAAGUAUCUCAAAAUUCUUCUACUCAAGUACAGUACUAGUUAUUUCCCGCGGGUUUAUUGAGAUUGAUUAUUGCAGAUGCUGAUUGCAAACGAGUAAAACACAUUGACCGAUGAAAUGCAAAAUGCAUGAAAAAAUAAAAAAUACUCUGAUAGAAGGAAGCUUGCUUAUUCUCUAUAUUUUUUAAUAUCUAAAUAUCAAUGCUUUUCGCUUUAAAUGAUCUGUUCACAGCAUUGUUCAGUUUAGAGGUUUGAUAUUUUGCUUCCUAAAAAUUAUAUACACUGACACAGGUUAUUAAUAUUAACUUAUAAUUUAAUAAAAAUAAGUGCUCUGUAGACAGUGUGUGUGUUUGUGUGUGUGUGUGUGUGUGUGUGUGUGUGUGUGUGUGUGUGUGUGCGCGCGCGUGCGUGUGUGUGCGUGCGUGUGUGUGGGAGAAAGAGGUUGAGUGUGGUUCAGGCAGAUGUGUUUUAGCUAAUACAGUCUGAGAGCAGCUGGGCAGGGCAGGGCUAAUAGACCCAAUGACAUCAUCCAGAGAGAGAGAGAGAGAGAGAGAGAGAGAGAGAGACACACACACGGAGCAUACGAGCGAGGCUGCCUAAGGCAGUGAAAGGAAGCAGGCCAGCUCAGACAGAGAGCAGAGUGGCAUGAGAGCGGGACAGUGUGUGUGCGUGUGUGUGAGCGGGAGAGGACCAGACAGCAUUCUGUUGACAAGGAUAUAGGACUCUACCUGGAAGAUUUUCUCUCUAGUUCUCUCCCCGUCUUCCACUACACCUCUCCCCCCUCCCCUUUCCCCUUUCCCCUUUCCCCCCUCAUCCUCUGGCAGUUACCCUCCUCUCAGCUCCUGCUCCAGGCGGCUCCUCCGGGCAUGCUCCUUAAGCCAAAGUAUGGCCGCUUUCGCAACGAGUCUGUGACCUCCUCCGACGACCUGAUGCAGAGCUUAGCCAUGAGUGGCAAAGUUGUGGCCACGCCGGUGGUCUCCGCCUCUGCCACGAGCCUUCCUCUGCCUCCCCUGCCUCCUCUGCCUCCUAUGGAUCACAGUGCCAGAUCAUCGUCCGCAGCUGGGGCUGCAUCCCUGGCCGACUCCCCUUGCCUGGAUGGGGAACAGGAUGGCACCACGACCUUCUGCAUGCUCAUCCCUAAGAUGCCUCAGUGGAAGUUCUCCAACUCUCUGCUCAGCCGGAGCCCGUCCAACUCCAGCUCCAGCUCCAGCUCUAGCAAGGACUCAGGGAAGGCAGCUCCUUCCCAGGCCUCCGUCUCACAUGGUUCAUCAUCACACAGGCACAGUGAUGCGACCUCAGCCAGCGGGCCGGUGGCCAGUCUCGCAGCGGUGCUUAACUCCUGUGACCCUGUUUGUGUCACCCCCUGUUCCUUGCAGGCCAUUCGAGGGCAGAGAGCAGUUGCAGCGGCACACUCGGCCAAUCCAGGGGGGCACGGAUUUGGGGCCACAGAGGCCAUGGCGAGCCCUGGGGGUUCCAGCAGCUCCAGGUCGGGAAUGAACCGCAGGACAAGGGUGGAAGGCAUGUGGCUGGGGGGAGAGGACUUCUCCCAGAAGGGAAGCUUCAUCCACAAACCUGCUCAAGGCUGGCUGCACCCUGACAAGAAGAUUGCCGGACCAGGGGCCUCUUAUAUUGUCAGGUACAUGGGCUGCAUUGAAGUAUUGAAGUCAAUGCGCUCCCUGGACUUCAACACGCGGACUCAGGUGACAAGGGAAGCCAUCAACAGGCUGUGUGACACUGUGCCAGGAGGAAAGGGAGUCUGGAGGAAGAAGACUCAGAACAAAGCUCUCCAGUCUGUUAUGGGGAAAAGCAACCUGCGAUUUGCAGGCAUGAGUAUUGCAGUAAAUAUUUCCAUAGAUGGCCUUGGUCUGCUCGUACCCACCACACGACAGGUGAUCGCUCACCAUCCCAUGCAGUCGAUCUCAUUCGCCUCUGGGGGAGACACAGACAUGCCUGAUUAUGUUGCAUAUGUGGCCAAAGACCCAGUGAACCAGAGAGCAUGUCACAUCCUGGAGUGCUCAGAUGGUUUAGCCCAGAGUGUCAUCAGUACCAUUGGCCAAGCCUUCGAGCUGCAGUUCAAACAGUAUCUACACAGUCCUCCCAAAACCAUGGCGUCCAUGGAGAGGUCUGUCCGGACAGAAGAACCGAUGUGGGGCGAGGAUGAAGACUUCUCUGAGCAUGAUUACUACAACAGCAUCCCAGGGAAGGAGCCUCCUGUUGGGGGAGUGGUGGACUCCAGGCUCAGGCCCAGUGGAGCCCUGCUGGGCCACAUCCACACACAACCACAGAGCAAGACAGCAGCACAGAUGGGCUCAGCAGCGAGAAGGGAGCAAGCAUCUUAUCCUCCUGGUCAGCUGUGCUAUGAACUGCACUGGGACACUGAGACGACCAACAGCUCAGGUCUGACCUCAGACGGUUACCUGUGUGCCGACGGCCAGCCACCAGGCAGCAGAGAUUACGAGGAGCAUCAGUAUGUUAACACCCAGAGUCUGGAAAACCUGGAUUCACUGGCACAGGGGCUCAGUGGUCACAGAGGGCCCCGGGUCCCAGAUAGUCCUAAAAAGGACCUCUUUGACAUGAGGCCCUUUGAGGAUGCCCUGAAGCUCCAUGAGGCCUGUGGAGGAGCUGGUGGGGGAGGUGUCCGGGUCCUGGAGGACCAGUGGCCCAGCCCUCCACGCCGCCGAGCCCCCGUGGCCCCAAACGAGGAGCAGCUCCGCAGGGAGCCAUGGUACCACAGUCGCAUGAGCAGGCGAGAUGCAGAAAAACUCCUGGUCCGGGAUGGAGAUUUCCUGGUCCGGGAGAGCACUACCAACCCGGGACAGUAUGUCCUAACUGGCAUGCACUGUGGCCUGCCCAAACACCUCCUGCUAGUGGAUCCAGAGGGAGUGGUCAGAACCAAAGACAUGUUAUUUGAGAGCAUAAGCCACCUUAUCUCAUACCACCUUAAGAACGAGCUGCCUAUUGUAGCAGCAGAGAGUGAGCUCCACCUUAAACAGGUGGUCAGGAGGAAACAAUGAGCCAACUGGCCCUGCAUGGGACGCUGAAUCCUUGAGUAUCCCAUGAAAAAAAAACACAGAAAAACAAAGGCGGAAGUCAUUUAUUCCAGAUGGAUAUUUAUGUGGAACGAAGGACAUCACUAAUUCUUUCCACGAACAGUUAGGCAUCUGACAUCUUCUUGUGCUUCCUCUGCCUUUUGCCUACCAGGAUCAACCAAACUAUCCCUCACCUGUCACAAACUCCUCAGCAUGCAGCUAUUAUGCCAAUAAACCAAUGUCACAAAAGCAAACACUUUUUUUGAAAAGGACCCACACCUUGGGAAAUCAAAUAACGAUUUGGAUCACAGUUCUGCAAUGCCUGAAACAGUGAAGCGACAGGUCAUCGACAGAAAAAAUGACAGUCACCGCCAGAACAAAGCUGUCUUAUAGUCUGGAACAGACACUAAAAAAACCCUAAAGAUGUCAGGUUAUUCAGUAGUUAAUUUUUAUGUGAGUACAAAAAGUGAAAUUAAGACAAGAGACAAUUGAAGAAAUGUCUGUUUCACUGGAUUGUAAAGGUUGUUUGUUAUUAUGUGUUCACAGGUCUGCAGAAUGGAGGACAGGAGGUGCCAAAAUGAAAAAUAAAAUAAAAUAAAUGUCAUAAAUUAAUAACUAGUCUUAGUACAAAGGUAAAUAAAUGAAGAAUCAAAUUAAAACAGAAAUAUCACAAUUGUCACAAUUGUCACAAUUUAUCAAUGAAUGAAGGCCUCCAUUAUUAUUAUUAUUACUAUUAUUAUUAU